AUGCUGGAUAAAGAAUCGGACGAGGAUAUAGAACAACAGGUGGAGUUUGAGUUUGCCAUACCACCGAAAGGACCGGUUAAGAACUUUUCCAAACGACACAAUGAUCUCGCAUUCAGCUUACGAUUACCGACACAAGAUAAGUUUAUACAAUUUGUGUUCACCACCCUAAUUAAUUUGUGUGAUCCAUACACACAACCAGAGGAGACUGAAAAGUACAUCUUGAGUGUAUCUUGCGUUUCAGAUUUGUUGAUUUCCCUUUCAUUUUCAUAUUACUACGAACACAGUAAAAGCAAUGGAUCGGACAAUGCAUUGAAUAAUGAAUUGGAGAUGGGUUCAAUUAAAUUCGCCAUCUCGACUACAUUUUUCAAUAUUUUGCAACUGAUCAACAAAUACCUAAAUGCAGGAGAUGAGGUGAAAUUACGAUUCAUUGAUAAUGGAGAUGACCAAUGGCAAUACCAUGUAGCAGAAUGGACACCGAGCGAUACUGAUCCUUUAAAUUUGAAUUUGGUGUAUUCCAUGUCAUGCGUGCUUAUUAUGUCAUUGCAAAAGCUUUUUGACAUCAAAAAAGAAAAGAAGAAGAAAAUCGACGAAAAAGAUGAAAUUGAUGAAAAAGAAGAAAAAGAGGAGGGGAAAGGCAAUGGAACAGAAAAAGGAAAACAACAGAAGGAGGAAAAAGACGACGACAAUGAGAAGGCCGACGAAAUUAAUGACACUUACUGUAAUUUGUUGAUGAACCCAUACCUACAUUACUUCUUAAAGCUUUGGAAAUGUCAUACAAACAUCAUAUUACUAGGUCUUGAAAUCGAUCGACGGAUUGAAUUCCAGAAUCACGAAAACAAUGAAGAGAAUGAGACUCCGCCGAUAAUUGUUGCCACUUUGAAGGGGUCGAGUUCCAUUAGAUAUGUUCUUGCGUGGAUAAUCAAUCAAAACCCUUCACUGUCCCCAGAUGAUGACGACGACGACGAGGAUGAUGAUAAUGAUGACGAAAUUUAUCAUCAUCAUCAUCAGCAACAUCAGCAACAACAACAACAACAAGAAAAUCUUUCCAAAAACAUAGAUGAUAGUCCUCACCACGUUUUGGAAAAGGAACAUUUGGUGAGUAAUUUUGAUUUGCGGAGUAUGCACGAUUUAGAGAAUGAGUCCUUGAUGAAUUUUAUUCAGCCGUUGGCAAGGAAAAAAGCUAAUGGCGGUGCAAUUCUGGUAGAUAUGAGACUUGUAAUUAUUGGUCUUUUGAUCAUAUAUAGUGGCACGACUUUUGUUGCGGGAGAUGGUAAAAGCGGCACUAGCUCUGGUGAAUCCGAAGAACAAUCUCGCCGAAGAUUGAACAGAUCGAAGCCUUUAGCUGAAAUUGGUGAUUUAUUGAUUGAUUUGGAGUACGCCGAUAGGUUUGAUGAAGACAUAAGGUAUAUGUUGGAGUAUGAUCUUGACGAAGAUGGGUCGGAGUGUGAAUGUGAAUGUGCAUGUAAGUGUGAAAUGGAAGGUGUGGGAGACAAAAAUGACUUUAAACAAGACUCCGUUAAAUACCCUGAGGUGAAUCAUGCAUCAGUUGCUACAUCGAUAGUGAAAAAUGAAAAUGUCGACAUACAAUUUGACGAGUUUGGACGUGACUGGCGGGAUAUACCUCGUGGAGAGAAUAUACACAUAAAGCCCUCUUUUUUGGAAAAAUUUAGACUUUAUGAUGAAUCCUCUGACAAAACAGAGUCUGACGAUUUUUUCACUUCUUGGAAAGAACUACACGAUGUUUUUGAUUUCUUGUGUGUGACAAGCAUCGAAGGAAACACCGAUGCAGAAAGGCUAUUGGGUCAAACAGCAGUGAACACUAUAGCGAAAGCUGUAAAGGAGUAUGGGGAAGAAAGCAAAAAGAUGCCUGAAAUUAAUCCCGGUGACGUUGCAACUAGUAAAGUCACGACAGAUCUUAUCCAUAUGUACUUGACAGCUCCUGCUCCAGAGGAAUUUGUUAAGGUGGUCCAAGACAACAAUAAGGCAAUAAUUCCGAUUUUGAGUAUUACACACUUUGAACUCAUGCUCCACACCAAUAACAAACUAGCGAGGGCAAUGAUGGAUGAAAUGUUUAUGUGCGAGGGACACCGCAGGUUGCUUGUGUGGUUUUUGACGCACGAGUUGAACCUUUCCAAUAUCUUGAUUGAUUAUGUUUUUGAGCUCGCCACUGGUCUUCGUGGAGGCCAAGUUACGAAUGCACCAUACCAAUUUUCAAGAUUAGGGGAUAAGCUCAUAUUGAGUGAUGUUGAGCAGCUGAUGUUACUCCAUGAGUUUUUCACUAGUAGUGCAUUUUAUCUCUCAGCGGACAAAGGUAUCGAGAUUGAUGGCGGAUAUGAAGUGGUUCUCGCUGAGUCUAUUGCCAAAAAACUUAUGAUUCUUCUUUGCUUAAUGAUUAACCAAUUAAUCAAACGUAAUGUGAUAAAAAUCGAGGCAUCUUCAUCAACAAAGGACGAAAUUUAUGAUUAUAGUGCAGAGUUGCUGCUGCUUUUGAUCAGUUGGAUAGGCAAAGUACCAGAAGCUAGACAAUUGUAUUUUCAAAUAAAAAAUGCAAGUCUUGAGCAACCAUCUACAUCAACAACAGGAAUAUCACCAACACCGGAUUUAACCACGCCAGCAAACAAAACAACAACAACAACAGCAGCAGCAGCAGCAGCAACAACAAUUACAACAAGAAAACCCACAACAAAAUCAACCACAACAAAACCAACAGAACCAACAACAGCAAAUCCAACUUUGGCAGCAGCAGGGGAGAUGACUACAUUUCAAUCAAAAAGAAAUGAGCGUUUGAUUCAAAUUGAUGAUGAAAGAGCACUUUUUUUCAAGUACAAUAACAUGACAAUAGAGGAGAUUGCAAACGAUUUAGAUUUAAAUAUUCGCAACAUGCGCAUCGUUAAUAAUUUUAUUGUGAGAAUGGAGGCGAAUAUUUCGAUUGUUUUGAACAAAAAUGCAAGCUCACAAGAUUUAGAACAGAUCGAAGACGACUUUCGGUUCUUUCUACUUAAUUUCAACACGUUUGGGAAGAUUGAUAAUUUUAUUGAGCUACUUUUCAGGCGAUUUGAAGACGUUAUCACUACGGGCGAUGUUUGUCAUAGUAUUGAAACAGCUCAUGUUAGUAAUUCUGCCAUUACUACAGGAAAAUCAACAGAAACACCAACAGUAAAUGCAACAGCCGAGGGGGCUUUAUCUCCGACACCUUUUCUGAUUGAACCUUUAACAGCGAGUAUAGUUGGCGCUGAACCUGAACUUGAACCCGAACCUGUACCUGUACCAGAACCUGAACCUGUACCAGAGGCCAAACCCAAGGGCAAGAGAUCUAAAUCGCGAAAGACAUGA